CUGACUCUAAACAUUCCGCUAAGGUUUGCUGAAAUCUCAACGCCUGACCUUCAAAUCUCAUCUUAGCUUACCCCACCCAGAUGGAACCCUAAAUCUUCUUUCUCAUCGUCUGCCAUUUUCUCACUCUAGAAACAUGCUUCAAAAAAGGUAACAUGCAAAGAGAAACAAAAUUGGUUCUUGCUCUCAAUUCAACGUCCCUCUUAGAUUUCCGAAAUUCAAUAUUCUUCUCUUCUCAACCGUGAGAAAGAAAGAGAUACUUCGUUUCGAUAUGCAUUUUUAGAGAGAUUUAGAAGAGAAUAGCAUUAAGCCAGCCCAUGUCCACCUUUUUAGGAGAGAGAAAAGGAGCAACUUUGGAAGAAAGUGAGGUUUCUGCCCCAUGAGGAGAGAAAAUGAGCUUUUGGAAAGAGAGCAUCUAGAGAGGAGAGGGAAUCUGAAUUUGGUACUAUAGUGAGGCUAUAAUCCUGUUCUGAGAGAGAGAGAGAGAGAGAGUUUUGGGAAGCAAGGGGGUGUUCUUUUGGGAUGGCUAAUAUAGCUUGGCACAUAUUGAACAUGUCCUCCCCCAGGCAAAAGAGCUGUUUGGAAGGAAUCCUCUUCCAAAAUUGGACAAUCCUUAAAUUUUUGUGUUCCAGGAUAAUUAAGUUCAAAAGGAAAAAUAGAUUUUAAUUGUUGGUGAAGUAAAUUUGGGAGGACUUUAACAUGAGAAUCAAGAUUCCUUUCAUUUUAGUUUCUCACUCCUCUCACAAGAACUGUCAAUUCCUUUCCCUUCUCUCUCUAAAAUUCUGCACAGGGUUAAGAACUCUUGGCCAAGUCUAUGCUUUGAGGCCUAACAACAAUAAACACGUCUCUCUAGAACCCCAUGAUUUUGACAAAAUCUGUCUCUCCUGUUCUUAUUUACUCUCUCUCUCCAGCAAGAGCAAAUCCCCAAUGGCUGGUGCUCAUGGCCAUGCUCAAAUAAUCAAGUAUGGGUUCAUCAAGAACACAUUUUUGCUGAACAAUUUGCUCGUAAUGUAUUCCAAGUGCCACUGUUUGGGCGAAGCCCGCAAAGUUUUUGAUCAAAUUCCUGAUAGAAACCUUGUAUCUUGGACUUCCAUGAUCACUGGAACUGUUCAGAAUGGAGAGCUGGUAGAUGGGUUGUUUCUCUUUCUAGAGAUGAAAAGGGGAGGAUUCAUGGCCAAUGAAUUUGCCUUGGGUAGUGUUUUGAUGGCCUGUUCAGGCUUAGAGGCUCUGAACUUUGGGUUUUCAUUGCAUGGUUAUGCUCUAAAGAUCGGAAUUGAGCUUAACUUAUUUGUUGGGUGUGCUCUAUUGGAUUUCUAUGGAAAACUAAGGCUCAUUUCCAUGGCAGAGCAUAUCUUUGAGAGCAUUACAGAUCCUGAUGUAGCAUGUUGGAAUGCCUUGGUUGCAUGUUAUGUGAAUAAUAGAGUUGCAGAGAAGGCAUUCAUGGCUGUUUCAUUUAUGCAUAAGCAAAAUUUACAGUUAGACCAGUUCACCUUCCUAGUCAUGCUUAAGGCCUGUUCCAUUUCUCGCAAUUUUGAUAGUGGGCGCCAAGUCCAUGCCUUGAUUAUCCAAUCUAGGGUGAGAAAAGGCCUCUCAGUUUUGAAUUCCCUCAUUGAUAUGUACUUUAAGACUGGUUCAAGCUUGUGGGGCAUGGCACUCUUUGAAAAAAUGGAAGAGAGAGAUAUCAUCUCAUGGAACACUGUAAUUGCAGGCCUUGCUCAGAUUGGAAACAAGAAAGAGGCUGUUAGUGCUUUCAAGAAAAUGCUAUUAGAAAGAAUCAGGCCAAACCACGUCACUCUUUCUCUACUUAUUCGACUAUGCUCUUCUAAUGGAGAUCUGGAUCUUGGGUUUCAGAUCCACGGCCAUGCUUAUCAUCAUACACUAGCCGAUGAUUCCCAUAUUGCAGUUUCUCUUAUCCAUAUGUAUGCUACAUUUGGCAUUAUUGAAUAUGCAGAGUGUGUCUUCAAAUGCAUGAAUUUUAGAAGCACAAACACAUGGAAUGAGAUGAUAUCAGGAUACUUAAUGAACCAGAGAGGCAUUCAGGCAUUGAGGAUUUUCUCUAAAAUGUAUAAUUCAGGGAUGAAACCAAAUGAAUUCACCUAUUCAAGCGUUUUAGGAGCUUGUUCUAGCCAUGAGUACUCUAAGAUGGGAACCCAACUUCAAGCUACCAUAAUUAAGUCUGGUUUUGAUUCAUACUGCUUUGUGGGUAGUUCACUGAUUUAUUCUUACUCUAGAUUUGGAUCGAUAGAUGAUGCUUUGAGGGUUUUCUAUGACAUGGAGACUUUAGAUUUGGUAUGUUGGGGUGCCAUGGUCUCUGGUUUAUCUCGCCAUGGUUUCUUCCAUGAAGUUCUAGAGCUUUUGAACCAGCUAAGAGAAGAAGGUGAGAAACCAGAUGGUUCAAUUUUGAGCAGUGCUCUCAAUGCCAGCACUAAUCUUGCAAGUCUAGACCAGAGCAAAGGCAUCCAUGCCUUGGUUCUAAAAAUUGGGCUCGAGAGGGAUGUAUUUGUGGCAAGCGCCACAAUAGAUAUGUAUGCUAAAUGUGGAGAUAUCUCUAGCUCACGCCUGGCGUUUUACAGUGCAGAGAAAACAAUUGUGGACAAUGAAAGAGAUCCCGUAUUAUAUAAUGCCAUGAUCAUGGCUUGUGCGCACCAUGGACUUGCAGAGGAGGCCCUCCAACUUUUCGAGAAGAUGGAGAAGGUGAGUUUGGAGCCAAACAAUGCCACUUUCAUGGCUGUGAUUUCGGCAUGUGCCCACUUAGGCCUUGUGAGAGAAGGGUGCCAAUACUUUGAUUCCAUCAAGUCAAAAUAUGGAUCACAACCAUCGGCCAAGAAUUAUGGGUGCUUAGUUGAUCUACUGGGCCGAUUUGGGUUUCUAAAGGAGGCAAAGAGUGUUAUAGAGAGCAUGCCUUUUGAGCCAUGGCCUGAAGUAUGGAGAUGUUUAUUGAGUGGUUGUAGGAUUCAUGGGAAUAAGGAGUUAGGAGAGAUUGCAGCUGAGAAGAUCCUUAAGAUUAUUCCUGAUGAUCGUGCGACUUUCUUAUUGCUACUAAACAUUUAUAAUAGAGAGGGAAACUGGGAAGAUGCGGAGAGAUUGAGAACGUUGAUGGAAGAGAGAGGGCUGAAAAAGAAGCCUGGACAUAGCAGGGUUGAGACCAAGGGUGUGGUCUAAGCAUUUGUUGUGGAAACAUGGAACUGAACAUUCAAAUCAGAGAGACAAUUCUUUCUUCAAUAAGCAAGAGCCUGAUGCAAAAUGUCUUUUGAUUGGUAAAAGUUUAGAGAGAGAUCCAAAUGAGCAAGGGAAACGAAACACAUAAUUCUCUAUUCAAUAAGCAAGACCCCUGAUGCAAAACUGUAUUUUGAUUGAUGAAAAAAAUCAAAUGAUUCAAUGAAGAGACGUAAUAUAUUGCCGGCAGCUCUGCUAGUUUUAUGGAGCAUGAUCAGAUACAUGGAAAUGGUAAAGAAACUUGAAGCAAUAUUGCAGUACAGCCACCCAACUGCUCGUCACUCUAGAAUGGAAUCUGGCCAGUGGCCACCAAUUGCGUUUAGAAUCUUUUUGUUGCAUUGGAAAACAUGAAUAAACAUGGAAUUUGAAGCAAUCCAGAGUUGCAACUGAUCAGAUUCAUUGUGAAUCCAAGGUUACAGUUCUGUAUAUUUUCCAUAUACAUUUUAUAUUUGUGAAUAAGGAUUAAGGGAAUAUUCAUUGU